GCGUCACGCGGGUCCGGCCGCGGGUCCCGCUCCCCGCGCGGAGCGGGAAGGGGCGUUCCGGCCGUGCUUUGGGCCGCGUUGCGUGGGGCGGGGGGGAGCGUGCGGCCGGCGCUCGGCAGCUCCCGCGGGGGAGGAGAGGAGCCUUCGCCCACCCCUGGAGCGAGCGACGCUGGGGGGCUGUGAGGAGCUGGCGGAGCGGGGACCUCGGGUUGUGGCCCCGCGCUAGCAGGUGCCCCGUCGCUGGGCGCGCAGCAGCUUUCUCAGCGGAAGAAUUAACAGUAAAGAGACCUCUGUUCUUAACUUUUGGAAAAAGCGGGAAAAUGGCAUCAGAAGACAUCACUAAGCUUGCAGAGUCACUUGCCAAAACCAAAGUGGGUGGUGGACAGUUGAGCUUCAAAGGCCAGAGCCUUAAACUCAACACAGCUGAAGAUGCGGAAGAAGUGAUCAAGCAAAUUGAGGAAUUUGAUGGCCUGGAAGCCUUGCGCCUGGAAGGCAACACAGUGGGUGUGGAGGCAGCAAAGGUUAUUGCCAAAGCCUUGGAGAAGAAAAGUGAGCUCAAGAGGUGUCAUUGGAGUGACAUGUUCACAGGCAGGCUAAGGUCAGAGAUCCCUCCUGCUUUGAGCUCUUUGGGGGACGCACUCAUUGCUGCUGGAGCCCAGCUGGUGGAGCUGGACCUGAGUGACAAUGCCUUUGGGCCAGACGGUGUGCGUGGCUUUGAGGCUCUGCUGAAGAGCCCUGCAUGCUACACUCUGCAGGAACUCAAGCUCAAUAACUGUGGCAUGGGCAUUGGUGGUGGGAAGAUAUUGGCAGCUGCUUUGAAAGAGUGUCACAGGAAAUCAAGUGCCCAGGGCAAGCCUCUUGCUUUAAAAAUAUUUGUGGCUGGCAGAAAUCGUCUGGAGAAUGAUGGUGCCACUGCCCUGGCUGAAGCCUUUGGGAUCAUUGGGACUCUAGAAGAGGUCCAUAUGCCACAGAAUGGAAUUAACCAUCCUGGCAUAACGGCACUGGCACAGGCCUUUGCUGUCAACCCACUGCUUAAGGUUAUAAACUUGAAUGACAACACCUUCACAGAGAAAGGAGCUGUGGCCAUGGCAGAGACUCUGAAGGCACUUCGUCAGAUUGAAGUGAUCAACUUUGGGGACUGCCUGGUGCGUUCCAAGGGUGCUGUUGCUAUUGCUGAUGCUGUUAAAGAAGGGCUUCAUAAAUUAAAGGAACUGAAUUUGUCUUUCUGUGAGAUCAAGCGAGAUGCUGCUCUGACUGUUGCUGAAGCUAUUGAAGAUAAGACAGAGCUGGAGAAGUUGGAUCUCAAUGGUAACUGUCUGGGAGAAGAGGUGUGUGAGCAGCUCCAUGAGAUCCUUGAAGGCUUCAAUAUGGCAUCAGUGCUGGGAUCUUUGAGUGAUGAUGAAGGGGAGGAGGAUGACGAUGAGGAGGAGGAGGAAGAUGAAGAUGAGGAGGAGGAAGAGGAGGAGGAACAGCAACAGCUGAAGGAGAGAGGAGCGGAAGAACAGGAGUCACUGACUCCUAAGAAGAUAAUUGAUUCACAGGCUUCAACUCCAGUGCCAUCUCCUCCUGUGGAUGUUGCCACGUUCCUUGCUUUCCCAUCACCAGAGAAGCUGCUGCGACUAGGACCAAAGUGCUCUGUGCUGAUAGCUCAGCAGACAGAUACAUCUGAUGUAGAGAAAGUAGUUGCAACCCUCCUAAGGAUAUCCUCAGUCUUCAAAGAUGAGGCCCCAGUGAAAACAGCAGUGCAUGAAACAACAGAUGCCUUGAUGAAAAAAGCCUUCAGUUCUGCCACAUUUAAUUCAGAUGCAUUCAUCUCAAACCUCUUGGUCCACAUGGGACUACUUAAGAGUGAAGAGAAGAUCAAAACUGUACCAAGCCUCUAUGGUAUUCUUAUGACCUUGAACCAUAUGGUCCAGCAGGAUUAUUUCCCUAAAUCACUGGCCCCAGUUCUCUCAGCUUUUGUUACAAAACCCAACCGUGCUCUUGACUCCUGUUCAUUUGCUCGCCACAUGCUCUUACAGACCCUCCACCAGCUGUAGGAGACAAGAGAUGUGCCCUUCCUUCUCCAUAGGACUGUCAUCAGCAGAGAACUCGGAGCCAUGGAGUGGGAGAGGAUCCCAGAGCCCAUACAGACAUGCUGUCCUUUUCUCUUUAUUCCCCUGUAGGAAAUCUGUCCUUCCUUCUGCAUUCAUAAACUUGAACAAAUCCAGCUGAAUUGUCUUCCUACUCCUCUUGAAGUGAUUCCCUGGUCUGUAGGGCAGGUGCUUACGCUAAAAUAAGUCUGUACUGCUGUGAGCUCAGCAUGAUUUGAAGAGUUCUCCAUUUUGGUUGCAUUGGCAAGGGUGCCAAGACUAACACAGGGCCCAGAAGAGCUCUCGUCUGGAUCAACCCAGUUGGGCAUUUUAUUUUAUUGGACUUUGACUCCUGCCUUAUAGCAUUUAGCACUGUGCCAGAGGGAGGCUCUGCUGCUGCUGCUGCCCUGCUUCUCUGGGCCAAGGGGUUGCUGCUCAUGGGUCAGAGGGGUGAGGUGUGAUCCCCUUUGGUUCUUCUUUCAAGUCUGUUGUCAAAGGCAGUGUGUGGCUGAUGUUUAUUUUAAUAUACUCUUCCCCUUCUGCUGUGGCUUGGAAUAUUUGUGUAGUGUGGCUGAUCCUGGUGGCCAUUGCUUAAGGGAGCGAGCAUAUUUUAUUGUAAAUUUUUUUUGCCAUUGCCUGUGUUGUUUAUUCUUCCUGCCCUUUUCCUUCUCACCCUAAUUAAAUAGGCUUGGUUUGGAAAUUAAUAUAAUUCAUGAAAUCCCUGUGGAAUGUGUCCCUUUCUCUUCCCUUUGACAAAACACUGGGCCUGUGUACACUGUUCAUAUGUUUGAAAGCCAAGCACCUGUAAAAAUAUGGAGAGAGAAGGUUGUGAUUUUCUCUGAACAAGUAGCAGCAGAUGCCCCUAAAUCUGUCUGGAGGAUUGUCCAUAUGCCCAUACGUGCCUUGGAACCGCCAUGACAUUCCUCCGUACAACUUAAAAAUGUUUAUGUCGAUUGCCUGAAAUGUUAUGUAAAUAAAUAUUAACUCCAGCCUUAUCAUCAUUUAUAAAACCUA